UGUUCCCGGGCGCCGCGGGCGCACGCACAAUGGGGCGGCAGGUCGGGUCCCGCGCGCACCGGCGCGCACUCCCGGGCACACGCGCGCCCGCCCGUCCGCUCGCCAGCCCGCCAGCUAGGUGCGGCGGCGGAGAGCGACUUCACCAGGGGGCGGCCCGCGGCGCCCGGGUCACAACAAAGCCCCCGCGGGCGGCCGGGGAGGAUGGCGAGGACGCGGGCACCGCGAGCAGCAUCCUCGCCCCGGCGCCGCCGCCUUCCGCGAGCCCGCGGCCGCAGACGCCCAGGCUCUUCGCUCCGCAGCCCGGCCGGGGCCCACGGUGGCGGGAGGUGCGGGAGGCGGAGAAGGAAGGGGAGCGGGAGGAGGAGGAAGUGGUGUGGCUCAGCCCCGGGAUCCGGCUCGGCGCCGGGCAGGGUUGCGGGCGCCGCCAGCUGAUUCGGCCCCGCGGGUCGGGCAGAGGUGGGCUGGGACGCGGCUGCUCCCACAGCGCCCACCCAGGGUCCGGGCCGCCUCCGUCUCUAGCAGCUCAGAGCCCUCGAGGUCACCGCGCGUUAACACUUCGCGUCGGGGCCGCUCGCACCCUCGGCGAAGCGCAGCUCCCAGCUGGAAGGACGAUCCGGACACUGCGAAUGAAUGACGACAGCGCGGCUCACCAGGAGCGAGCCCGAGUGACACCAGCUUCCGCGGACGCGAAUCCUCCCCGGGCCCUGCGCGCCGAGCCGGGCCGCAGCGGCUGGCUUUGGGGGAACCUUCUGGGGACCGGGUGGCGAGCACUGGGCCCCACGCCCAUCCCAGCAGCGAGGACCUCGGUGGGUGGGGGUGUGUGUGUGUGUGUGUGUGCGUGUGUGUGCGCGCGCGCGCGCACUCUCUAUGUGUGUUUAUGGUUGACGCUCCGUAGGCUAGCGCCACCCCUCUUCCCAAGAAAUGUGUUUCAAGGUUCCAGACUUGGAGCAAGAGACCCGGGUCGGAAGUGGACGCAGCCAAUGGUUGUCGAUGUUUUUGUUUCCUGCAUCCCUAGGGCAAGUCAUGCGCCAAACGUGUCACCGCCUGUAACCCCGCCCCCUCUGCAUUCCAUGGAGAUCUUCAGAUAGCUGAGCAAAAAGAGUCUCCUCUUCCCAGAUGAUGGGAGUUUACUAAGCUCUGCUUUGUCGCGGAAGCUGGACAAUCCUAAGGACUUCUCCCUUUCCCAAUGAGCAAAGCAUUCAAAUGAGACUUUCUUGUGGGGACUUCAAAUUUUUUACUUAUGUAGCUCGCACUUGGAUUGCUGAAUUCCUUCAAAUGGCCGAGGGAGCACAUCCCAGCCAUUUUAAUGAGGCUGCCUCUGUACCCGUUGGUGUCCUACCGGGUGGACUCUGGAGAAAUGGAAGUCUCCCUUCACAUUAUCACACUGACUGGUCUUCCGCCUCUUUAUUUAUAAAUGCGGUCUUCCGCAUUUGUGGAAAUGUCAUAUUUUUAACACAGACUCAAAAAUGUCAUUUGGCACCU